AUGGUGGGUAAAGUUAAGAAGUCACAGUUGAAAAUCAAGAGGGCAUGCGAUAACUGCCGGAGACGAAAGAUCAAGUGUACAGGGACGCAACCUUGUGCAUGUUGUGUAGCAUACCAAUGUGGGUGUGUAUAUUCAUCUGGAGGGGCGCAGAAGGGUAGGGCGAUAUCGACUGAGACGACUCCCGGAGGGUUGACAAUUAUAAGCAGUGAUUCUAGUAUUAUUCAGGAUGGGGAAUUGAAGCAGCAAGGAUGCGAUGGGGUUGGUUUAGGAUGUGGGUCGGUGCUUAGUUCGUUGAGUGAUGAUACGGUGGCUGAGUUAAUUGGAGUUACGCCGCAUGAGGACCAUACGGGGAUUUGGAAGAGGGCAGAGAAGCUCAAGGGGAUGAUAUCGGAGCUGGAGAAGAGUUUUAAAUCGCAGGCCAUAUAUAGUGCAAUCGCCAAGUUGCAGGAGGAGUUGGACCGGCUACAGGUGCAGUUGAGUACACCUAAGGUGGUGGAGGAGUUUUUUAAGGUACCACCUAAUGAUCCAUGUCUUGAAGCGCAGCUUCUGAAAGCAUCACAUCAGGAUCAUAUUUAUCUCUCAAAACACUCAUCUUUUGUUCCAUCUAAGGCAGCAAAGUAUCUGGGGCAGGCGCCAUUUUUUGAUAGGGACAUAGGGAUGUAUUCUUCCUUUAUUUCACUUUCUAUUAGAGGAAUUGGGUAUAUUUUCAGCCAGGUAAUGUCUCCAACAAUCCGAGCAUCACGGGGGUGCAAAGAAACUCUAUACAUUACUUUGAGAUUUUUUGAUCUGUGUUUUGUGCCUCGUGAGAAUCCGAAGACUUGGGAUAUGCCUUUAGAUGCCUACUUUUCGGACCACCCUCAACUUGAUGGAAUGGUUGAUUCAGAUAUCCAGUCAAGAAUUAGAUAUCUAAUAUCUCAAAUAUCACCUAAUACAGUUUCCAAGGCCAUCAAAGUAUGCCCAGAUUUAGCAUCGCUGGAUACUAGCUCAAAUUCCAAAUGCUGGUACAAUAGAGAUAAUUUAAAGCUGUGUAAAUAUUCGAUCGAACUGCUACGGCAUCAUCACAUUGCUUAUACCAACACAAUCUCAAGAUUUUCCAAGAGGUGUGGUGAUGAAGAAAUACUAAGGUGUAUGAAACAAUUUUUCGAGGAAGAAGAAAUCCUGUACACGUUAUUUCUUGAGACCAUAACUCGUGCCACAUAUUCCAUUGAGCCUAUCGUGGAAACAUUGGAUCUUGUUACUGAAUUUCUAGAUUCUAAUCUGCAAUAUGGUUUUGGUUGUGAAAACCCAGAUAUCUCUGAAUUGUUGGCACAUGCAGUAUCUAUUGCGCACGAAUGCGGGCUGCAUCGUUGGGAACAUUACUUAGUGAUGGAUGAAAAUACGGCUAACAGAAGGCGUGAAAUAUGGUGGAAGAUCUAUAGCUGGGAAAUAUACCACGGUAUGUUUUCUGGCAAGGUGUCAUCGACCAACCAGAAUAGCACGCUGUGUUUAUUCCCUCAUUACAUGUCCGAAUUGGGUUUUCUUGAUAGUGUGGAGUUCUUUGGAAAAGUUUUAGACUAUCAAUUUAGGUUUGACAAGCCUUUAAAUCAUCUACUGGAUUAUGGACAUUUGGCAAUUGCCCUUGUAACGGCUGAUUUCAAGAGCAACGUUUUAUUCCAAAGACAGUACACAGACUUUCGUAACUGGUCGAAGCCUAUAGAAGCAAGGAACGCUACGCUCAAAAAUAUUAUCAAGGAUAUUGAGUUAUUGUUAGCUCGUUUUGAUACCAUUAUUCUACACAUUGAUAAGCUGUACAGUUGGAAUGGACUUGAUUCUAAUGGUACGUCAGAAAUUGAAACAACUAUGAAUCUCAAAAUCACCACUUUUAUCGUAAAUAUAGAAUCUGUUCUAUGUUCCUUGAUAUUAUCAUCUCUUUCAUUAUUGUCCCGAUUUAGUGUUGACCAAAAUAACCCAAUGCCUCCUCUUGCAGAGAGUAUAUCUGUGAAAUUAAGGAAGCGUUUAUAUGACUCUUGGAGGAUAAUACUUAACAGGGCUAUCUUAGAAUGUCCUUCUUUUGAAUGGACAUCAUUGAUGAGUAUUUCUUUAUCAUCACUGAUAGUAUUAUCGGAAUAUUUUUUAGUUGAAAAAGAUAUCAAAACUGAGGAUAUUCUUAUGACCUUGAGAUACGUUCGCCAUAUAGAUAAACUAUACAAAGUGCUUCCUGAAAUUACUGAUACAUCAAAAAAGGCGCAUGAUUCUGUGAAGGGGAUUAUUUUUAGUGCCAUAUUGUUCCGCAUGGUUUUGCAAGUGUUCAGAAACAAUCAUGCACUCGAUGAUAAAGGUCUAUCUAAUUUAAUUUUGCAGUAUGAUCCAACUUUGGUUACUAUCGCUUCCAACCUUUUAGAUGCGGAGUCUAUAUACUUCAAACCCUGUUUGGGUACACAAAAGAAACACUUUUUCCAUUUAAGCAUCAAGAAACUGCUCAGCGAAUCUUGGAACUCUGAAUCCGAAAAAUCACGCAUAAAUAAUGAAACUUGUGAUUUAUCUAAUCUUCAGAAUUCUGGCUUAACUGAUUACUAUAAAGACCCAUUAAAACCCUGUAACUCUCAAAGUAACUCCGAGAAUGUACCUAUAGAAUUACAAGGGCUUAGACCUUCAGGUUCUUCACGGAUGUCGCCGCAGCCGGCGCCUAUCACGAACUCCAAUAUUUGGACCUCAUUGAAUGAUCCGCUGGUGUUUGAUUUAGGUUCCCUUGAUGAGUUUGUCAAUUAUCGGGAUGUUACAAACCUUUAUAGUGUUUUAUUGGAGGAUUUUUUGCUUGAUAGCGAAAUAACUACAUUCAGUAAACAACACUAA